UUCUCUCUUUUUCUCUUUGCAUCUUUCUCACUCACAAGCGCCUCUUUCUGGCUCAUCUGGCUGUCAUUCCCUCAUUCGUGAAAAGUGUUUCGCUUGGCUGUCCCUCUUGCGAUCUGUUCCUUGAAAAUCAAUUUCCUGCGUCACGAUUCUUGAUCGAGGAACGAUUGUAGCUACAAAACGGAGCGAGGAUGCGACUGCCCGUCCUUACGAUUUCCGAGAGCCAGAGCUCGAAGAAAACAUUAUGUGUACUGCCUGAAGAGAUUAUUUACGAGAGAAAAGGUAAUCAUGCUGCCCUCACACCGCUGGAAGACAUGUCCGCGGGACGAGGGCAGGCAGGUGGAGGGCCUCCUCAGAACUGUGAGAAAGUUUUUAUACAGCGCGAUUACAGUGAAGGUACUAUGGUCAAGUUCCAAACACGGUUUCCUACAGAAUUGGAAAGUAGAUUAGACAGACAAUUGUUCGAGUAUACGAUCAAUCAGUUGAACAACUACUUCGCUGAGGCAGAACGUGCCAGUUGUUCUACAUACUGCGAGAGCUGCCUAUAUUGUCUCACAGGUUAUCUGAUAAGCAUAUGUACCGAAACACACUAUGAAAAGUGUCUGCGCAAGGUCGCCAAGUUUGUCAGCGAGCAAAACGAUCGAGUGUACAAGCCACGUGGCCUCCUGCUAACAGAUCCAACAACACGCGGGCUCAGGCUAAUAGAGAUCUCGGUAUUGGAUAGACCUGCGUCGUGACUGCAUAUUAGCCGAUCCAGGGAGUUCUUCAUGUGACCCCCCGUGCAAUACUCUGGACAUUAUGUUGCCAGAAUCACAGACAUGCACGCGCUCGUGAAUGCCUGUCGACACAAUUAUGGGGCAUACCGGUUAGUUUGAAUCCUUUUCACAAGGUGCCGAAAUUCUGCAAGGCUUGAAAGAAGAAAUUUUCCGUCAACGAUAUCUUGUAGGCCGCAAAUUGCUCAGGUGCACCUUGCACGAUUAAUCUUGCCGAACACGCGUGUAAUGAGUCAAAGCUCUCUUGUCGUCGGGCUGUGCCUCGUACUUGGUUCUGAAAAACAAAGAUUGAUUUGGUAAUCAGAUCUGUAAUACAUGUGUAAAAACCUAGAGAAAUAGGGAUGCGGAAAUGUGUGUGAUUUGUAGAAAUUUCGCACUGUCAGAUUUAUCAAUGUAAUUAACAAAGCAAGAUUAUACAAGGUCGGUCUAAUUGUGGCAAGAGAGUCUCGUGUUCAUUCGCAUUCGUGAUGUCUCAAUCCUAAAUGGCAGCUGCUGUGUUCUCGAGGGAGAGCGUGUAUCCAAGCGUGUGGAUGGGUAACAAAGCCGUGGCACUUCUAUAGGUUCAAUUUUCUAUGUGCGUACACAGAACAUAUAACAUACGAAAGUAUAUGAAGUAUAUGUGGCGAAUUAGGGUACGGUAGGAAAGUGGAAUUUCGUCUUUGUAAAUGUUAUUGAACGACGCCAUGAACCGCUACUUUGAUUUGUCAUAUAUAUAUAUACAACGGGGUCUACAUAUUUUUUUACUGUUCAUUUAUGACUUUAUCGUAUCACCUGCAUUUAAUUAAUGAGACGUGAAUGAGAUGCGUGUCAGCGUGAAUUACUUAGCAAGAUGGCAUUCGAUGUUAGCGUUUAUAGCACGUAUUUCGUUCAAGUUCCGCCGAACUGAGAACCUCGAUUACGGGCGAGUCUUGUUCUCUACGAAGUGCUGACGAACGAAUCUCCGAGUUCUUCUCAUCUUCCGCAAUGUAUCUUCCAUUGCGUUUAUGUAUCCGCGCGUAUAAAGCAUAAAGCUUUCUCAUAUACGUAUGUACAUUGAAUGGGAUGUUAGUUCGUCGUGCGUAUCUCUCGACAGCAAAGAUGAUAGAUUUGAUUGGAAUUACUAACACAAACAUUUGUCGCGCCGAGACAAAGAAACCCGAGGAUUGGCUAAAAAAAAAAGAAAGAAAUUGUGUAAAAAGCGGUAAUCUAUAAAAAAAUAAAUUACAAAUUGAUUAGCAUUGUGAUCAAGACAAAAAUCGUUCGAGAUGUAAUGCGAAAAAAUUUUGUACAUUUUAGUCCGUUCUCUUAGUCGAAACUGGUCACCCAAUGCGACGCUUUUCAUAUUCCGUUCCCACUAAUUAGUUGUAAAUACUAAUAAUCUCAAACGAUACAACGAUACAACACCACAUUUAUUUUUACUUUUUCUUACGCGUUUUGGGAGCCUAAAGUAGCACGCAAGACGCAACGCCACGAAGUCUUUUUUUGACACGACGAUAACUUCGAUUCCAACAUAACAUGACGUUUCACGUAGAGAACGGUACGAUGUACACAUUCAUACAGCACAUUUUAUACGAUGGAUAUUUUGGGAGGAUCCUUAAACUGUAUUUUAUAGAAAUCUAUAAAGUACAUAUUGGCCAAUACUGAAAGAUAAUAAUUAAUUAUUUUAAGUAUUAAAAGCAUUAUUGCUCGUUACUUUUAGUACUCAAAAUAAAUAAUUAAUUACUCUCUUUUAGUAAUAAAUUGGAGAGAUUUUUGUAAAAGGAACAUCUAAACAUUUUUAAGAUAUCCUUCGGAGAUCUUUGCUGUAUGAAUAAAUACGCGUAAAAAUCUCACUGUCCAUAGUAUCGAGAAUUUGGAUCGAAGUUCUUCAUCGACUAAAAUCCUCGAUUUACGCGCAUUUGCUGCAGACACAACGGCGAACGAUCUCUUGUUCUUGAUCACAAUGCCCACGGAGCCUGUUCGACGUUGUAAUGCGAUGUUUGCUGAAAGGAUCUUGCCAAAUAAGCGUGUCACUGCCUCGGCAUAUGAUUUCCUAGCGCAUAUGAGUGCUUGAAGAAGAUGUACGGAGAAAGAUCUCCGAGAUCGAGCGAAAGAAAGAUGAGAUCGAAAGAAAGGAAGGGAGAAAACAAACGAGAAGUUGCGAAAGGAAGUCUCUCGGGAAGUUUCCCGCCAAUUAAUUCUUUGGAACGUCGUAAUAUCACGUGCAUAGGACUCUGACUGCAUGUACGUACUCGUGUAUGCGCAUGUUUGCAUAUAAUGUAUAUAUAGCGGAUUAUAAUUGUCGACACGAAAUAUAAGGAGAUGGAAGGAAGCAAAAAGAAAAAGGAGGAACCGUUUGUUAACUUAAUUUAAUUUAGUAGGACCAAUAUUGGAUUGAUGAUCCGUAACUGUAAAGGACACCAUCGUACGAGUGUAAUUUCUAAAUGUUUUAUUAAUAAAAAUGGGGUAAAUAUAG